AUGAGUGUCCUACGUAGACUGUCGGCCCUGGUCCAAGGCCGGCAAACCGCUGCGCCCGAUACGACCGUGCUGAUCGUUGGUGCAGGCUCAACUGGUCUCGCCCUCGCCCAGGGUCUGAAAAAGGCUGGAAUCCCCUACAUUGUCGUCGAGAAGAACGAGAGCCUGCAUGCACAGCCCCGAGACUGGAACAUGGGCAUGCACUGGGGCGCCGAAUCACUGCAGGCCCUGCUCCCCCCAUCCAAGUGGGCGCGCCUGCAGAGCGUACAGGUCGACCCCUCCACGCCCACCCCCGACACCGACGCAAUCAACUUCCUCAACGGCCAAACCGGCGAUCUUAUGACCUCCAUCCCCGCGAACAAAUUCUACCGUCUACGUCGACGAAAACUCCGCUCCCUGCUCGCCGAGGACCUAACCAUCCGCUACUCCCAUAAAAUCGAAUCAAUCACAUAUUCUCCAGACGGCAAACACGCAAUCGCCCACUUCACCAAUAACAACACCAUAAAAGCAUCCCUUAUCGUCGGUGCCGAUGGCGCCCGCUCGGCCGUGCGCUCGCACCUCCUAGGCCCAGAGCUUGGCUCCGUCCGCACCCUCCCCUACAGCGCAACAUUCGUACAAGCGCGCUACUCCGCCGAGCAAGCUCUGUUCCUGCGGAAAUUCCACCCGCUCUAUCUCGCAUCCAUAAACCCGGCCAACCUGUUCGCAUUCUUCGGCCUCCACGAUAUCCCAGACCCUGCCAAGCCCGAGACAUGGACUUUCUUCUUCUACAUCUCGUGGCCGUGUUCGCUAGAGGAGCAGGUCCAAACAGCGCACUGGACUGAUGCGCAGCGUCUGCAGCAGGGGAAAGACUUUUCGAAACAUUUCACAGAACCCUGGAAGUCGGCGUAUGAAUGGCUGCCGGACGACCAGAAGGUGUGGUAUAUGAAUCUUACGGACUUUGACCCCGGGGCGGAGGGGCAUCGGUGGGAUACGCAUGAUGGGCGGGUGACGCUUGCUGGGGAUGCGGCGCAUGCCAUGACGUAUCAGCGGGGGCAGGGGUUGAAUCACUCUAUUACGGAUGCGGGGAGGCUAGCAGCUGCGAUUAAAGACUUUGUUAAAGAGAAGAGGCGCAGGGCGGAUGCGGUCGCACAGUAUGAAGAGGAAAUGAUUGCCCGCGGUGGAGGGGAGGUGCGCAUGUCGUCGACGAAUACAGAGAUGGUGCAUGACUGGAGCAAGGUCCAAGAGUCACCUAUUAUGAAGAGUGGGAUGACGAAGGUGCAGGAUAUUAAGAAGCAGCAGGCGUAG